AUGGAUAUUGCAAGAUGGCGGCAAGAUAUUCAUCACCUGCGUGACGACUUUGAGAAGGCAUUCUUAGAGGAGGAAAAAGCCUUGACCAAGUUUGAUGUUCACUGGAAAGAUAUUAAGAAAGAUAUUAGCAAAGUGCUGGAGCAGAGUGAAGAUCAAAACAAAAAUAAACAUCUUGAAAAGCAGUUACAAAAAAUGGGUAAGGAACCAGAAAGAGGGUUUAAUGAAACUGCCGCAGAACCUGGCAGUCUGAUUCUUGAUGGAAGUGUCGUCUCUUCUUUGGAGGACAUACAGGACAUACUAGGUCUAGGGAACGGGGAGAACCUUAUCCCAGAGCCAAGUCCAUCUCAAACUCCUGAAGAAGCUGCUGGCCCUGAAAGCGUGCAAGCCACAACAGGGCAGGAGAUAGGCAUCCCAACCAAUGAGAUCUUCGAGCCUAUCACUGCACCCGAACAAGCCACUGAUACUAAUUACGGCCAAAAGGUCCCUGAACAAGCUACUAUCUCUGAAGAAGAUCGAGUGCUGCUCCAACUUUCUUCUGCCAAACAGCUUCUUCAACUUUGGGAUGAAACACAUGCCUCAAAUGCAGCAAAGCAAGCCGAACAAACUCUCAGGACUUGGCUUUCCAGAGACCUGGAAACUUUUUCUGCUGAAGAAAACUUUGGAGAGCUAAAGGAGGCUCUGGAAGUCCUGCAUGCUCAGAACCUGUUCCCUGAACAACUGCUAAACAGGCUUCGCAAAAUGUUCAACUACUUUGAUGCUCAUAUUGCUGAAAACAUCCAAGAGAAACAAGAACUCCAUGACUGCACAAGGUUCUUGACUGAUCAUGAACAAGACCUGGUUAAGAUCAAACAUGGUGUAGAGAUAUGUCAAGCCUGUGAAGCUGAGCUGGAGGAUUAUGACUCAAAAAUUGGCAGGGUAAAGGCAGAAUUGGCUGCACUGGAACAAGGAAGAGCCGGAGUCAUGAAGAAAAUUCAGGGAGUGAUGGGAGGUGUGGAGCCUGUGAAGAGGAAAUUAGAACAAGAGUCUUCUCAAGCUGAUCAAGUCAGGGCUAAACGAUUUAGGCUAGAAAUUAAGGUAGGUAGGAUUAACGGUCUGUGGUUAGCCAUUAGGAAGGCUGUAAACAAUUAUUUUAACUUCUAA